CUGCUGAUGACGCAACGUCAGCCGAACCAGUCAGGCGGCGGCAGCGGCAGCCUCGCGCCUCGUGGAUAAAAAGGCCGAGCACGCUGCUCCCCGUCCUCCUCGACCGAGAACCCGGCCGCGUCUCUCGCUGCCUCUGCGGCCACGAAGAGUCCGACUCUCGACAAACCUCAUCAUGUCUAAGGGAACUGUGGUGCUCGCCUACAGCGGUGGACUGGACACGUCCUGCAUCCUGGUGUGGUUGAAGGAACAGGGCUACACUGUCAUCGCAUACUUGGCCAACAUUGGGCAAAAGGAAGAUUUCGAAGCGGCUCGGAAAAAGGCCGAAAGCCUCGGAGCAGUGAAGGUUUUCAUUGAAGACAUACGUGCUGAGUUCGUGCAGGACUUCAUCUGGCCCGCAAUUCAAGCCAACGCCGUCUACGAGGACCGAUACCUGCUGGGAACCGCCAUCGCUCGGCCCUGUAUCGCUCGCCGGCAGGUCGAGAUCGCGCGGCGGGAGGGCGCCCAGUUCGUCGCCCACGGCGCCACUGGAAAGGGAAAUGACCAGGUGCGCUUUGAGCUGUCGUCCUACGCUCUCUACCCUGAGGUCAAGGUCCUGGCACCGUGGAGGAUCCCCGAGUUUUUCAACCGCUUCAAGGGAAGAAAAGACCUGUUGGACUUUGCAGCGAAAAAUGGCAUCCCUGUGCCCGUCACUCCCAAGGCCCCCUGGAGCAUCGACGCGAACCUCAUGCACACGAGCUACGAGUCCGGCAUCCUCGAGGAUCCCAAGUGCCGUGCUCCGGCUGACCUGUACGUCAUGACCAGGAACCCUGAAGAUGCUCCCAACACCCCCGAUGUGCUGGAGGUGGAGUACAAAAACGGAGUGCCUGUGAAGGUGACCAAUGUGAAUGAGGGCAAAUCCAAGGUGACACCCCUAGAAAUCUUCUCAUACGUCUCUGAUAUUGGAGCAAAACAUGGCGUGGGCCGAAUUGACAUUGUUGAGAACCGUUUUAUUGGAAUGAAGUCCCGAGGGAUUUAUGAAACUCCAGGAGCCCACAUCCUGUUCAAUGCCCAUCUGGACAUCGAGCUCUUUACCAUGGAUAAAGAGGUGCGUCGCAUCAAACAGGGACUGGGCAUCAGGUUCUCUGAACUGGUCUACAACGGUUUUUGGUACAGCCCCGAGUGCGACUUUGUGCGGGCCUGCAUCGCCAUGUCCCAGGCCAAUGUGGAGGGCAAAGUAGAGCUGUCGAUCUUCAAGGGGCAGGUCAACAUCCUGGGACGCUCGUCACCCAAGUCCCUGUACAACGAAGAGCUGGUCAGCAUGGACGUUCAGGGCGACUACGAUCCAUGUGAUGCCACUGGAUUCAUUAGGAUCAACGCAGUCAGGCUGAGGGAGCACCAUCGUCUGCAGGGACUCUCCAGCAAAAAGAACUGAUUCCAGCUCCAGCUUAUCUCCAGCUUACAGUGAGCUAUGUUUCUGUGUUGUACCUUUGGCCUUAGAUUUUAACGCAGAAUGUGGCUUUUUGAAAAAUGUUAAUGUAAUAACAUGCAUUCCUUACCCAUUGUAAGUAAGCUGGGAUAGAAAAAAUAAAACUAUAGCCAAUUAAUUGUA